AUGAUGAAAAACAUCGAAGAAGCUGAGCUCUGCUUUCCACAACUCCUCAACUCCUCCUGCAGGAAGACGAUGCAUCCUCGCUCUGUAUCUAUGCUCACUUACAUCAUACUGUCCUCCAUCUCUGUGUUCACUGUGACUCUCAACCUGCUGGUCAUCAUCUCUAUCUCCCACUUCAAGCAGCUCCACACCCCCACCAACCUCCUUCUCCUCUCUCUGGCUGUCUCGGACUUCUUCGUGGGCCUCCUCAUGUCCUUUGAGAUUGUGCUCAUAGACGGCUGCUGGUUCCUCGGUGACUUCAUGUGUGUUCUGUAUUAUGUUUUGGUCUACAUUAUCACCUCUGCCUCAAUAGGAACUAUGGUGCUCAUAUCUGCCGACCGCUAUGUGGCUAUUUGUGAUCCUCUGCAUUAUUCUACCAAAGUCACUCAGAAAACAGUUAAAGUGUGUGUUUGUGUGUGUUGGCUGUGUGCUGCUGUCUGUCACAGUCUGCUGAUGAUGGACAACCUGACACAACCGGGCAGGUAUAACUCCUGCUAUGGAGAGUGUGUGGUUGUUAUUGAUUAUGUUGCUGGACUCGCUGAUCUGUUUUUGUCUUUUUCUGGUCCUGUCACUGUCAUCACACUUCUGUAUCUGAGAGUUUUUGUGGUGGCUGUGUCUCAGGCUCGUUACAUGCGCUCUCACAUUGCAGCUGUCACAAUCCAAGGUUCAGUGAAAGUAGCUGCUAAGAAAUCUGAGAUGAAAGCAGCCAGGACUCUUGGUGUCGUUAUAGUUGUGUUUCUAAUAUGUCUCUGCCCAUAUUUUUGUGUCACACUUACAGGCCAGGACACUUUGCUCAAUGCUUCAUCUGUUGCGUUUGUAAUAUAUCUGUUCUAUUUCAACUCCUGUCUAAACCCUAUCAUCUACGCCUUUUUCUAUCCCUGGUUUAGAAAGUCAGUUAAACUCAUUGUUACACUUCAAAUACUGAAGCCUGGCUCCUGUGAGGCUAUGAUAGCAUAG